AUGGAGGUUGAUUCCGCUGCGGCUGAGGCAAGCUCUUGGCAGCUGGAGGAGGUGCUGGCUUGUAGCGAGGACGAGACGCUCGAUGUUGGUGGGGAGGAGGAAGCUGCUGGGCUUCCUUUCGACGCCGCCGAAGGCGAAGAUAGCGAUGACGAGCCCUCGCCUGCAGGUGGUGCAGGCCUCUGGGACCCAUCUCUAGGGGAGAUCGCGACCCUUGAAGAAGAGAUAAAGAAACUAGAGUUCCCCAACCUCGAAGACGGGACCGGCAACUUUGGGGAGAAAACCAUGGACAACGCAGUCGCGAUGUUGAUGGCGAAGACCGGACGCGGCUUCAGCCUGAAGAGAGAGAAUAAAACAAAGCUUUUCACGAAAAAGCAGGAAAAGAACUCCCGCAUGCGAAACAGAUGGAGCUCCGUAUGGAUCAAGUGCUGCCAGGGGGGGAAGCCGAGAGCGUGUCAACGUGUCGCGGAUCCGAGCGCUCGCCGCAACACAAAGUCACAGAAGGUUUGUCUGCCUGAAGUACGAACCGAUGUGGAUCUCCCGAUGUUGAGCUCUCGCCACCGUUGUGUCUCGGCUCCUCUUUUUAGCGCGUCGGGUGACGAGUCAUCUGACAAGUCAACGGAGGAGUCGCGAUGGGAAAUGGACAUUGGGCGCGCUUUGUUGUUGAACUUCAUUUCUUUUUGGCGCCGAUUGAAACAUGAUCGCUGCAUACAUGGACUUUUCGGGACAUCGUCCGCGGUUGAACGUUCUGAGCUGCUGCGCUGUAGUCCCCCUCUCUCUGCAAUAUGA